UGGUUUAUGGUGCAUACAGUUGCAGGAAAGGCAGUGUUGGUAGCUCUGACUUUUCCGAUGAUACUGGAAUUCUUGCCAAUUCUUCUGCCACGCCAUUUUUGCUGUCUGUUGGAUAUGGUGUGUUGGCAAAGAAAGACUGAAGAAAACAAUGGUAUGGAUGGUGAGGAGGUACAUUAUCAGGACAAGAUGCUAACAAAGCUGGAUGAGAUAUUAAAGAAUGAGCCAUGGAAACUUGGAUUCAGCAGGAUUACCUAUAGGGAACUGAAGCUUUCUUACUGUGAGGCAACGUGGGCCGCCUUCUGUCAGUGUGAGCAUCUCCUCUGGAAGAUUCCUGACUUGCAGAAGAAUGCAUUAAUUCUGUAUGAUCAACUCAAGAAACAGUGUAGAGAAAUGGGACACACUUACGAAGAUCAAGAUGAAUUAGCUCAUUUUGUAUCUAAAGAUAUGUCCAUAGACCAUGUUUGGCAAUCUCUUGAAUUUUUGAAAGAUCAGAACAUAGUGAUUAGGGAGAAAAAACUAGUGUUUCUGCCUCAUCUUUACAAAUCUGAAAAAGACAUUGCAAUGUGUAUAGGUGACCUUCUGUCAAACUGCUCAUGGCAACUGGAUGUUGAUGUGAGAAAGAUACUUAACGUUUCUGAGACAUCAAGAGAAAUGGUAGGUAACAAAAUGGAUGUUACCCAGGCUCAUGAAAUUGAAUGUCUGAAGGAAAAUAGUCCAGACAAUCAUAACUGUGAAAAUCACUGUCCUGAAAAGGAAGUGGGGUCUACAUCUGGUACCCAAAGUAAAGCAGAGCUAGACUUGGAUCAGGUGAUUGCUAUGGAAAAGAUUUGUUCUAAUCCUGUCACAGUCAUAAGUGGAAAAGGAGGCUGUGGGAAGAGUACGAUAGUUAGCUGCCUUUUUCGUCACUUAAAGCAGAUGGAAGAAGAAGUGGAAGCUGCUUCUAAGGACUUUGAAGAAGACCUGGAUGCAUCUGAGGAAUGGAAUACCUUUGAUCAUCCUUGGGACUCAGAGAAUAUGUACACAAAAAAAUUUUUGAAUGUACUAUUUACUGCACCUACAGGGAGGGCGGCAAGCCUUUUGAGUGAAAAAACUAAGCUUCCUGCAUAUACACUGCAUCAGAUCAUCUAUAGUUUCAGAUCGUGGAGGCAGAGUGAACAAGGACAGCCGUGGAAGUUUUCUGCUGUGACGGUUCUGAUUGUGGAUGAAGGAAGCUUGGUGUCUGUACACGUUCUUAGUUUAGUUUUAAAACUCUUGUGUGAGCAUGCUCAGCUUGCCAAACUUAUUAUUCUAGGUGAUACUAGACAGUUACCAAGCAUAGACCCAGGAAACAUGUUAGCUGAUAUCUUUGAGGGUCUAAAAUCCAGAGGCUUUUCUGUGGAACUGCGAACUAAUCACAGAGCUGAAUCACAACUAAUUGUAGAUAAUGCGUCAAGAAUCUCUCGCCGGGAGCUUCCUCGAUUUGAUGAGGUGCUGAAAGUUUCUGAUUGGAAUAAGGAAAUGACAGUGCUGAACCCGGAGAAGAAAUUCAUUCUUAUUGCUUUGCCUGCUGGCGGGAUUUGUGACAAUUUGCAAACUGCCAUAAAGACUUUACUUAAAAAAGGACCAGGAUUGCAGGAUGCCAAACAAUCGCAGUUCAUUGCUUUCAGAAGGUAA